AUGGAAGGCAUAAAUUCGAACUCUGCAAAUGCUGCAAUCGGGCUGAAAUUGAAGCCCGAGACUGGCUCAGAUAUUUACAACAUCACAGUCUCUCACGGUUCCAACCAACUUCAAGUUGCCGUGCCGUCUAAUUCCACUUUUGGUGAUCUCAAAUCAGUUAUUGCUCAAGAAGUUGGACUGGAGCCAGAGACCUUAAAACUCUUGUUCAGAGGUAAAGAGAAGGAAGAUGAUGAUCGUCUCCACGAAGCUGGUGUGAAGGAUGGUUCCAAAGUUUUGGCUGUGGAGGCCACGAUUUCAGUGCAUAAAAGCCCCGAAAAAGUGGAACCAGUUGUGGUCUCUCAAGGAGAUGCAGCUGUUGCUGAAGUCAGGGAAGAGGUUGACAAGCUCACUGAUCAGGUAGCCGCUUUACAAGCUGUUGUUGAUGGUGGAACGAAGGUUGAUAACAAGGAUUUUCUUUAUUUGACUGAUAUGCUAAUGAGGCAGUUGCUCAUAUUGGAUGGCAUUGAAGCUGAAGGGGAGGGAAGAGUCAAGAGAAAGAUGGAGGUACGUCGGGUGCAGAGCCUUGUCGAAACAGUGGAUACACUCAAGUCAAGAAACGCUAAUCACGACAUCAACAAUAGUAGUACUCCUGCAUCUGUACCAAAUCAAUGUGAGACUUUUGAGCCUGGAACUGAAAAUGCAAGCUCCGAGUCCAGUGAACCAUCUUCAAACGGCAUUAUUCCAUCGGACCCUCUGCAUGCACCUGCCCCUGAAUCUGCCUGUGCCUCAGUGAUGUCUUCUACUAGUAUACCAGUUCCGGUUUCCUUUCCUGACUCUACCCCUGUGCCGUCUUCUUCACCUUCCCAUUUGCCAUCUCCGACUAAGGUAACCGAAGGAUUGGGAAAGCUAUGAUUAAUUAGGCCGUUGCCUACAUCUUAUCUUAGUAAGGAGCUGUUAUCCAUGGAGAACUCAUGCAUGAUUUGUUCCAUUGCCUUUUUGGGAGUUUUAUCAUGUCAAUAUUGCCUGUCCCUUUCUGGGUGCAAAAAAAUUGAUGCUAUUGUGCCUAAAGAAUAUACCUCAACUGGUGGAUAGAGAGUCAUCACAUUUCUUAAUAUUAUUACUCCAUGUGAUACAUAAAUUUGAU